AUGUGGGCCAAGUAUGGCAGCUGCGCCCAGUUUGGGGGCGGCCAGCGCGACUACUUUGGAUACGCGCUGGCGGCGGCCAAGAAGUAUGACGUUAACGCGGCGCUGGCCUCCCUGGCCGAUAAGUGCGCUGCCGGGCUGGACAGCGCCGAGAUCAAGGAUGCCUUGAAGACUGCCUGGGGCGUGGACGUGUGGCUCACAUGCGACGCAAGCACCAACAACCUUUGGUCUGUGGAGCUGUGCCUGAAUGCCAGCCUGAGCUCCGACCCCACAGCCGUCAGCUGCCCGUCCAACUGGACCCUGGGCGGCCAGCGGGCGGGCGCCGAGUGCCCGCAGGCCACCAAGCUGAAGCUGCCGCCGGGCGUGAAGGUGCCCGCCAGCUGCCCCCAGAUCUCCCCUCCCUGCCAGUCCGUGCCGUGGCUGCCCUCAGGCACGCGCCCCGCCGUGCGCGCUCGCCGCUGCCUGCCGCCCCAGAGGCGGUUCCCCUGCAACCGCAUCACGGUGCUGCAGCGCCAGACCCAUGUCAAGUCGUUGCCGUCCCAGUUCUGUGUGGAGUGGGACAGCGUCAGCUGGCUGAACCCCACGGUGGCCCGUAACGUGACCCAGCUGGCGGCGGGGCGCACCGUGUGCCUGCGUAACGGCGCCACCCCCGCAGACAUGGUGGACGGCGACACCUUCCGGGGCCUGUCCGCCGUGGCCCCCUGGUUUGGCAACUACGUGAAGCUGGAGGGGGAAGGUGGCAGGAAGCUGUGCACGAAGCGGGUGAACACCCUGUACCGCCCAUUCAAGGGCACGGGCACCACUGACCUGACUGUGGACGGCGGCGCGGGGGUGGAGGUGAACACACUCGGAAGCCUGGAGAUGAAGCUGGUUGAUCCGUCUGCCACGCCCAUGUGCCAGGCAGCCCUCAAGUCGGCGCUCGUGGACGGCGUGGCGGCCUGCGGCGACGACUGCGAGCUGCCCGCCUGGAGCGUGGCUGACGCCUAUUGGGCGCUUACCGCAGGAUCAGAUGUCCUUGGCUGGAGCGCCCGCUUCCCGCUCUUCAUGACCAAGCAGCCGCCGUAUACAGCGGUGGAGGAAAACACCUGCGCCAACCCCACCCCGCACUUCACCCGCCCUCCCGCAUGCACCGGCACGCCGGGCCAGGGCGGCGCGCCCGGCGCGGGCGGCGCGGGAGGCCAGGACUCGCACGGCGGCGGCCAGCCGGGGCAGGCGGGGCAGCCGGGCAAACCGGGGCAGGUCAUCGGCGGCGGCAGCGGCGGUGGCACCAGCUCCGGCGGCGGCGGUACCAGCACCGGCGGCGGCGGCACCAGCACCGGCGGCGGCGGCAGCGGCGGCGGCGGCGGGAGCGGCGGCAGCGGUGGCAGCGGCGGCGGCGGCGGCCAGGGCGGCAGCGCCACUGCCACCGUCAUCAACAACAUCACUGUGGUUGCGAUUGGCGGCGACGGAGGUGUGUGGGGGAUGGAGGGGCGGGUGGCGCCGGCGGGGCGGGAGGGGCUGGAGGAUCCGGCGGUAGCGGAGGUGCGGGCCCUGGGCCUGGGGUGUGCAGGCGCGGGCGGCGCGGGCGGCGCGGGCGGCAGCGUCGUCGGCCCCGGCGGCUCUGCGGGAGAUGGCGGCGCGGGCGGCGGCGGCGGCGCUGGCGGCUCUGUGACGGGUGGCGGCGGCGACGCGGGCGACGGAGGGGCUGGCGGGAGCGGCGGCGCCGGCGGCGACGUGGUUGGAGGCGGCGGCGACGCCGGCGACGGCGGCGCGGGGGGCAGCGGAGGCGCGGGAGGCGAGGUGGUGGAUGGCAUCGGCGGAGCGGGAGAUGGCGGCGCGGGCGGCUCGGGCGGCGGCGGCGGCUCCGUGAUUGGCGGGACGGGCGACGCUGGCUCUGGCGGCACGGGUGGCUCAGGAGGGUCUGGCGGCGACGUGAUUGGCGGCGGCGGUGACGCAGGCUCUGGCGGCACGGGUGGCUCUGGAGGUUCCGGCGGCGAUGUGAUCGGCGGUGGCGGCGAUGCCGGCUCUGGCGGCACCGGUGGCUCUGGAGGGUCUGGCGGCGAUGUGAAUGGCGGCGGCGGUGAUGCUGGAUCUGGCGGCACGGGUGGCUUUGGAGGCUCCGGCGGCGACGUGGUUGGCGGUGGCGGCGAUGCCGGCUCUGGUGGCACGGGCGGCUCUGGAGGCUCUGGCGGCGAUGUGAAUGGCGGCGGCGGUGAUGCUGGCUCUGGCGGUACCGGUGGCUCAGGCGGCUCUGGCGGCGACGUGAUUGGCGGCGGCGGAGAUGCAGGCUCUGGCGGCACGGGCGGCUCUGGAGGGUCUGGCGGCGAUGUGAAUGGCGGCGGCGGUGAUGCUGGCUCUGGCGGCGACGGGGGCUCCGGGGGCUCUGGCGGCGAUGUGAUUGGCGGUGGCGGCGAUGCAGGCUCUGGCGGCACGGGUGGCUCUGGAGGGCCCGGCGGCGACGUGAAUGGCGGUGGCGGCGAUGCUGGCUCUGGCGGCGGAGGCGGCGCUGGAGGCCCGGGCGGAGAUGUGAUUGGCGGCGGCGGCGACGCAGGCGCUGGCGGCGACGGCGGCUCAGGCGGCUCGGGCGGCGACGUGAUUGGCGGCGGCGGCGACGCAGGCGCUGGCGGCGACGGUGGCUCGGGCGGAUCUGGAGGCGACGUGAUUGGCGGCGGCGGCGACGCGGGCUCUAGCGGCGCGGGUGACUCGGGUGGAGCUGGCGGCGACGCGAUAGACGGUGGCGGGGAUGCGGGCGGUGGCGGCGCGGGCGGCGGCGGCGGGGGCGGAGGGGACAUGGUGGGCGGCAACCCCUCGGUCGACUCAGGCGAUGGCAUCAUCACGCCCUCCGCCAAGUCCAAGCCCAGCCGCCUCCCCAUCACCCUCGCCCAGCCCAUUCCCGUUCGCCUCGCCCUCACCUUCACCUGCACCCUCACCCUCACCCAGCGCCUCCCCAUCACCCUCGCCCAGCCCAAUCCCUUCUCGGUGGUCAACUGCACCCUCACCGGCUCCCUGUACUUCCUGGAGGACGGCCAGCUGCGCGCCUUCCCCGACGAGCAGACCUACCUCGAAUACCUGGCCGCCGCACAGACCAUCCCCUUCACCCCCGAAUACUACGAAGACCUGUGCUCGGUGGGCCCAGACACGGUGGCGGGGUGCCCGCUGGGCGACGACAUGCCGCCGCUGCCAGACGACUGGGCGGCGCAGCUGGGCGCGCUGCUGACAGAUGGGACCAACCGGCGCAAGCUGCUCGGCAGCCACAACUGA